AUGUAUCGACAAAUAAAGAUCGCUCCAGAGGAUACUAGAUAUCAGUGUAUUUUUUGGCGAGAUGAUGCUAAUGAAAAUAUAAAAGAAUAUAAACUUCAACGUCUGACUUUCGGGACAUCUUCAGCACCAUACAUAGCUGUAAAAACCUUAAUGCAAUUGGCUCAAGAUGAUGGUAAAGCAUUUCCACAUGCUGCUGAAAGAUUAAAAACUGAUUACUAUAUGGAUGAUCUUUUGACUGGAUGUCAAAGCGAAAGUCAAGCGUUAAAAAUAUAUCAUGAAAUGAAUGAAUUACUACAGAUGGGUGGCUUUGAACUGCAAAAAUGGAACAGUAACAAUGAAUUCAUGUUAAACAUCAUAAAGGAAGGGAAUGGUGAUUCUGAAAGGGAAAGGGCACUAGAUUUCAAGCAGAAUUCCGUAUCUAAAAUGCUUGGACUUACCUGGGAUCGGGGUUCUGAUGAAUUUUUGUAUGCUGUUAAGCUUCCAUCAAUUUCUACUCCUAUAACUAAAAGAAAGGUUGUUUCGGAUAUAGCUAAAUUAUAUGAUCCGCUAGGAUGGAUUGCUCCAAGUUUAAUUACUGCUAAAGUUUUUAUUCAGAAAUUAUGGCUCUCGGGAUUAGGAUGGGAUGAACAAUUAAAUGAAGAAUUGUUACAAGAAUGGCUUGUUUACCGGGAAAAUUUGAACAAACUUACCUCGUUCCGUUUACCACGGUGGCUUAAACAAACUGAAAGUGACCGUAUAACCGAACUCCAUGGUUUUAGCGAUGCUUCGAACAUAGCCUAUGCUGCAGUAGCAUAUUUGCGCGUUGUCGAUUCGGAGAAUCGAGUACAUGUAAGUUUAAUAGCAGCUAAAACAAAGGUGGCUCCGGUGAAACAGAUUUCUAUACCCCGGCUAGAGCUAUGUGGAGCGGUGUUGCUAGCGAAGCUCUUGAGUGAAAUUUUGAGUGUUUUGAAUGUUCCUAAACACAAUGUUCAUGCUUGGACUGACUCUCAGGUAGUAUUGGCUUGGCUAAGCCAUCACCCAAGCAAAUGGAAGACUUAUAUAGGAAACAGAGUAUCAGAAAUAAUUUCGUUACUAGAUCGUAACCAAUGGUCGUAUGUACAAUCGCAAGACAAUCCGGCAGACUGUGCUUCACGAGGAGUAAGUCCAUGCAAGAUAGCCCAUAAUCAAUUGUGGUUCAAUGGUCCCGAAUGGUUACAAAAAGAAGAAAUUCACUACAGUAAUCCUAAAAUAUUAAAUACAAAUUUAGAAGAAAAAACCAUACAAGUACACACUGGUUGCUUAGAAGAAAAGGAAGAUGAAAUAUGGGCAAAAUUUUCAUCACUCAACAAAUUACUACGCGUUAUUGCCUAUUGCAGACGUUUUAAGAAAAGAAUAAACAAUAGACAUGGGUAUUUGAGUACAGAGGAACUUAAGGAGGCAUUGGAAAUUGUGAUUAAAAGAGUACAAGGUCAAGGUUUUGAAACAGAAAUAAAAAGUAUUCAAAUGGGAAAAGAGUUAAACACAAAAAGUAAACUGGCGUCUUUAAGUCCAUUUAUUGAUGAAAAUGGAAUACUACGUGUUGGAGGGCGCUUGGAACGAGCCAAUAUUCAUCCAGAACAGAAACAUCCAAUCUUAAUUCCUAAGAUAUCAUUCCUUACCGAACUUCUUAUUGCCGAUGCGCAUACUAGAACUUUACAUGGAGGUCCACAAGUAAUAUACUCAGCUACCAGUCAUAAUCCUCUAAUGGGUCAGCUUCCAUCUUCUAGAGUAACAGUAAAUAAACCGUUUAGCUGUAGCGGUGUUGAUUAUGCUGGACCAAUCAAUUUAAGAGUGUCAAAGGGUAGAGGACAUCGAUCUUACAAGGGGUACAUUUGCCUAUUCGUUUGUAUGUCUACUCGUGCUGUCCACAUAGAAGCAGUUACUGACUUAACAGCGCAAGGUUUUCUAGCAGCUUUUAAACGUUUCACAGCUCGGAGAGGGCACUGUAGUAAUAUUUACAGUGAUAAUGGCACCAAUUUUGUAGGAUCAGCGCGAGAAUUGAAUAAACUUUUCAACCAAGAAAGAUCUACAAUUUUACCAGAAAUUAACAACAUAUUAGCCAACAAUGGUACCCAAUGGCAUUUUAUUCCCCCUCGUGCACCAAACUUUGGUGGUUUGUGGGAGGCAGCUGUAAAAUCUACAAAAUUUCACAUGAAGAGAGUCAUAGGAGAAUCAACUUUAACUUAUGAAGAAAUAAGUACAUUACUGGCGCAGAUAGAAGCGUGUCUCAAUUCGCGGCCUAUAGCGUAUACUGAGACCGAGGAUGAUUUUAUGCCAUUAACACCAGGACAUUUUCUUGUAGGCGAGCCAUUACUAGUGGCACCCGAUCGUAACUAUGAACAAUCAACUGUGAGCACAUUACGAAGGUGGCAAUAUUGCCAGCGUAUGUUACAGGAUUUCUGGCGGAAAUGGUCCAAUGAUUAUUUAACUCGGUUUUUACAUCGUUAUAAAUGGUCGCGUCAGGUACCUGAGCCCCGUAUAGGAGAUGUGGUAUUAGUAAAAGAGGACGAUCUGCCACCUGCUAGAUGGAUGUUAGGGCGAAUUGUUGAGAAACAUCCUGGUAUGGACAAUAUUACCCGCGUCGUAACCUUACGUUGUAAAAACUCCUUACUAAAACGUCCUGUAUCAAAGUUAUGUAUACUACCUGUAAAUAAUUAA